AUGCAGCCUAUUGCUGCGAUUCCGCCAAGCUUCAUCGCACGUAAGAGUAAAAUCCUGUCCGAUCUGUCUGUGCCAGAUGCGGAAUAUACCGACUUGUCGCCGAAAGGAUCGGUUGAUGAAGGUAUUCGCGACUUGAUCAGAGAUAUCAAUAACCUCGAUGGUCUUGUAACGACCAGCAGUUGCGCAGGGCGGACGAGCGUCUUCGUGGAAGGCAGCAAGACAAGCAAGCGAAGGAAAUUAACGUCUGUCAAACCAAGCGACGACGACGAUGAUGGUACAGCAAAGAGAGAUGAAGAAGAAGAAGAAGCAGAACCUGUAGACGAUCGUACUGCAAGGCAGGAGCAGAGCGAGUCGCGGAAGUUUGCUGUCUCCGGCGGAAAGGGCGAGGGACGCUGGCUGUACGUCUCACAUGACCCCGUCAGCCUUUACGCCGCUGGGCAAGACGCUUCUUACCAUAAACUGUUCGGGCUUGUGCCUGGAGACGGCAUUCCAAAAACGAGCACAGCAGGCAAUGACGGCAUUUGUCUGGUUCGUUUUCAUUACGACCCCAUGAUUCUUCACGUAAUGACUGCUACACUUCACCAUGCACAGCCGGUUUUAACGGCCGCUUCAAGUGCAGGCUUCCGUGAAAGCGGCCUCCAAAGUCUGCGCUGUCUCGAGGCGACACUGGAUACCCCGAGUCAAUCCUCAGCAGACUCCCAUACUCCCAGUCCUAUCGUGGCAGUCCGCUCAUCUGGCUUAUCCCUUGAAUCGGUAAUUGGGUAUUACGAAGACAAGGAGGAUGAGGAUGCGGAGCCAGUUAUUCGAAGCCUUGUGACGGAAGAAUAUCUACAGAUGCUGGUUGCAUUGGCUAACGAGAGAUUUGUUGUCAACACAGAGCGUGUGGAGAGGUUUCGAACAAGGCUGCUUGAUUUAUAUACAUCUGCUUCGUCUCCUACGACAAGUGGCAGGACUAAGAAGCCCCCAGGUUGGGAAGAUCCCCAGGUACGGAGAGAGAAGAAAAAAGCAGAAGGGCUUCGAAGAAAGGCUGAGGCAGCUCGACGAAAGGCCUCAGAGGAGGUGGAUAAUCUAGAGGUAGAUAUUGAUAUAACGUUUUAA